GAGCGCCAAACUAUGAGGCCACGGAGCAAAGGCCAUUCGUCAUUGAGACGGACGCUGGGCCAACUGCCUUAGGAGGAGUCCUGAUUCAGGCAGACACUGAAGGGAAGGAGAGGCCGCUAAGGUUCGAAAGUCGCACUCUCAAUACAACUGAGAGGAACUACUCUCAGUUCAAGAAGGAGACACUGGCGGUACUUCAUUGCCUGAGGAUCUUCCGAAACUAUGUUUUCGGCAGGAGGCUCAUUUUGAGGGUGGACCCCACUGCACUUGCAUGCUCCCUUAAAAAUUACACUCCAUCUGACCCAACCGUCGCAAGAUGGUUGACCUACAUUUGGAUGUUUAAUUUCGAGCUGGAAAGGAUUCCAGGGAACAAGAACAGGGCGGAUGGGUUAAGCCGCAUCAACUGGGACGGAUCGGACGAGGAAUCGAUAGAAGACGCCCCAUCAGUUGAUGGGUUUUUGGACCAAGAGGAGGACGUCCGCCUGCAUAUAAACGAAUGGUCCCUGCGAGUACCCAGUUGCGUCAGCCACCCUAUAUGGUUAGCGCCAAAGGGGUACGAGCAGAAGGUAGAGUUGGUCCUUAAGCCUUUUCAGGAGGAGGAUCCGUGGGGGAGCAAGGAUGUUGGUUGGAUGAUGAAAUUGGCAUUGGUAGGAACGCACAGCCUGGUGGAGGAAAUGAGGACGAUAGAAGAAGGCCCCACUCAGGUAGAGGAGCAUGAGCAGCUAAUGGGAGGGAUGUACCUGCUCACCAAUACUCUCCUGCAAGGAGACUUUGACCGGAAGGGCGCGUUCAGUCAUGAGGAAAAUGAGAUUCUAGUUCCUGAAAGCCAGGCCGACGAAUUCGAGGAAGGAGAAAUCAAGGAGGCAUUUCGGGCGGAGGAGUACGAUGGGAUCUACCGGGAAUUGGGGUUGCUCCUAUCAUGUGAGAUGAGGGAUAGAGAUGCAAGUGCCAAGACACAGAAGAUGAGGCACCUCUAUGUGGUAAGAGAUGGCCACUUGUCUAUAAAGCGGCAGGUCGGGAACCCCAAGAGGAUCAUAUAUGGGAGGAACCGACAAAUUGAUAUCAUAGCAGCCCUACACGAUGGUAUAGCGGGGGGGCACAGAGGAGUAGGUGCCACAUGUGCGAAGAUAAGCGAUCUCUAUCAUUGGGACGGGAUGCUGGCGAUGGUUAUCAAAUACUUCCGGUCCUGUAUACCUUGCCAAGAGAGGUUAGUGCAAAGGCCUGGAGAGCCCCUACACCCAAGGUUGGAAAGAGAAAUGGGUGCGGUCGUACACUUGGACCUGUUAUUCAUGCCAGCAGGGGAGAAUGGGUGUAACUACAUCUUCGAUGCACGGAAUAACCUUAUUGGGUUUGUGGACGGAAGAGCUAUCCGGACGAAGACCGGACCGGUUUUGGCGAACUGCAUCGAGGAGUAUUACCUGCGAUAUCCUUUUGUCAAAGAGUUCGUGAUGGAUCGAGGAUCAGAGUUUACCUGCAAUGAGGUCAGGACGUUGCUUGCAGGGUAUGGCAUAGUGGCCAACUAUACUACGGCCUCGCACCCUCAAGCGAACGCUCCUGUGGAGAGGGGACACAGUACCAUCACGAAUCUUCUGGCUAAGUGGACAGACGGCAAGCCUGGUCAGUGGCCAAAGUUCCUAAGGACAACUUUCUUCGUGGAAAAUGUUACUAUGUUGAGGGCUUCGCCGUUGGGACCGGAUGGGCUGCCUAUUCGAUUGGAGGAAGGCAAUGUGGAAGAGUUCAUCCCGGCCUAUGAGCAGUAUAUGAGCGACCAGGGGACUGGGCAGGAGGAGUGGAUGCAGACGCUGCCCCUCUGGACGCGGAGGGCGGAGAGGCCGUUGGCGAGGCAGAUCCGGGACAGGGCACGCGACUGGGAGGACUGCCAGGCCCAGUCGAGACAGGCAUUUCGACGAUUGGAGCCUGAGAGACCAGAGCCCAGGGUGGAGAGACGACAGAGGACGGAGGCCGCCCAGGCGGUGGAGCCAGUUCAGGUCGCGGGGCCAGCUCAGGCGGCGGAGCUACCCCCUACUCAUGGACUCGAGCGGGUGGAGUUUCGCCGGAUCGCGGGCAGUGAUCUACGGGGCCCGUCGCCGACAUUACCAGAGGAGGGAGAGGUUGUGCCAUUGAGGACGCCACUCGACAGGUUGGAGGCUCAUCUCGGUGCGUCCCAGUGGGGGGCAUCACAGCUGGGAGCGGACCAGAGCGGGCCGGCACGGUAUGAGUCAGUAGAGGAUGAGCCAGAGGAGGAGCUACCUGAGCCGGGGCCUGAGGCGGGGUCUCGCGAACCCAGGAAGCCGCAGACUGAGGGGGUUAUCACUGUUGGGGAUGAUACCCCUCCUCCUACCCCGAUUCCGGAACAGGCAUGACAGUAUUGGCCUGAAGGAAUUCCUGAGCUGGACAGCGAGGAAAUGUUGGGGCCUCCAUCGGAAACUACUACGCCACCUCCGACG